UAUUGUCAACAAGUUGAUAAGCAAAUGUUCAUUCAACUUAAGCAUUUAUAUUUAAUGCUCAAAAAACUUAAAGAAAGUACAAAUAAAAUUAAAGUCAGGCUAGGUCAUCUGGAAAGGCAUCAAGAAAAACAAGAGAAUGAUCUAUCUGCACAAAUGAUAGAUCAAUCAUCUCAACAUCAAACAGAACUUUCACAGGAGGAUGCUGAUGAUUUAUUUGGUUGCAAUGAUUAA